CAUCAGGUUGUGAUUAUUCAUUCAUUCAUUCAUGUCAGUGUUUCUCUGUCUCUCACACAGGCUGCCAGGAUGAGAUGGAAUUUCCACGUUUUACCUUCAAUCCAAAGGAAGGGAUUGAUAAUCCAGCUCUAGUCAUCGCUGAUGAUCCUGAGCCGGACCACAGCCCGGCACCCAGAUUGUGCCAGCUGAAGCGUCUGGAGGGACAGAGCUUUGGCUUCUACCUGCAGGUAGUGAAGGACGGCCAAGGCUUUGAGAUCAGACGUAUGGAGCCGUGGAGCCCUGCAGAGCACAGCGGCCUCAGAGAGGGAGACAGACUGCUGGAGGUCAAUGAUGAAUAUGUGGGCAACAUGGACUUCUACAGGGUGGUGAGGAAGAUCCAGGCAUGUGGCUUACAUCUAUUUCUCCUGGUGAUGAGGCGAGAUGAGUAUGAGCAGGCAGUGUGUAUGGGUGUGGACCUGCAGACACUCGCUACAGCCACCAAAGGGGGCCGCUGCUCCAGGCCCAGACUGUGUCACAUCAGCAGACACCCAGAGCAAGGUGUGGGGAUGAACAUCAUCUCAGUGGAAGGUCAGAAAAGCCAGUACAUCGUGAGCACAGUGACUGAUGGUCCAGCAGAGAGAGCUGGUGUCUGCAGUGGAGACAGACUGAUCUGGAUCAACGGCGUCAUGACGACCACACUCUCACUCUCCUCUCUCAACAGAAUUCUGAAGAAGAGCUCAAACUCAGUGACAGUGCUGGUCAUUGACAGUGAGAGCGAGUGUUGCUACAUAAGGAGGAAGAUGCCCAUCCUGCCUGUGCUGGCAGAAUUCUGCAGCCUCCCUCACACAGUCAAGACCUUGCAUCUGGUUAAAGGAAGUGACGGGUACGGCUUCCUGCUGAGGCAAGAGAAGCUGAAGGUCACACGACGGAUAGUUCAUGUGCUGCGGGAGGUGGAUGUGGGGAGUCCAGCUGAGGAGGUAGGGAUGGAGGAUGGAGACCUGCUGCUGGGAGUCAAUGGGGAACCUGUGGAGUCCAUGGAGCAUGAGGACAUUGUGAAAAGGAUCAAACAGAGUGGUGAUGAAGUCAGCCUCUUCUCUAUAUCAAUACCAGGAAGAGACUUUUACAGAGGGUUAGACAUUUCUCCACUGUUGUUCCAUGAAGAAUUUACAGUCCAGGAUGAGAAGAAGCAGGCUGUGUCCUGCUGCAAUAAGAGCCAGAGUGGAACUUCACUAAGACGUGGAGGUGGAAGCCUGUCUCCUGCCACAGUCUGUGUUCAGGACAGAGAGACAGGCUCUGCUUUCCACUCACACUAUGUCGCCAUUCAGACAGGAAACUUCACCACACAGGUACCAUUCAUUACAUGGUCUACAUACUCUACCCAGUACCAGUACCAGUACAAGUACCAGUACCAGUACCAGAGUGACUGUUCUGUCACAGAGAUCAAGUGA